AUGCUCACCGUUGACAAGCGCGCUGUGGCAAUGGCCCACUCGCUGCGCCGUCUAAUGGCCACCGCCGCCCCUAGAAUCGGCGACACAAAGGUCCAAAUGUCCCUCUUGGAGCCUGGAAAGUACAUCAACUACCAGCGUAUCGAAGACAACUUGGCCAUUGUCCGCAAACGACUCAACCGUCCUCUGACACUCUCCGAAAAAAUCCUCUACGGUCAUCUGGAUGACCCCCACCACCAGGAGAUUGAGCGUGGAAAGACGUACCUCAAGUUGAGGCCAGACCGUGUUGCUUGUCAAGACGCAACUGCACAAAUGGCCCUCCUCCAAUUCAUGUCAGCUGGCAUGCCCACCACUGCCGUUCCCACCACCGUACACUGCGACCACUUGAUUGAGGCCCAAGUCGGUGGUGCUCAGGAUCUUGCCCGUGCCAUUGAUAUCAACAAAGAAGUCUAUGAUUUCCUCGCUACCGCAACCGCUAAAUACGGCAUUGGCUUCUGGAAACCAGGAUCCGGUAUCAUUCACCAGAUCAUUCUCGAAAACUAUGCUUUCCCCGGUGGUCUCAUGAUCGGUACCGACAGUCACACUCCCAAUGCCGGUGGUCUCGGAAUGGUCGCCUGCGGUGUGGGUGGUGCUGACGCCGUCGAUGUCAUGGCCAACAUUCCUUGGGAACUCAAAUGCCCCAAGGCAAUUGGUGUUCGUUUGACCGGCAAGAUUGGUGGAUGGACGACGCCCAAGGACGUUAUUCUCAAGGUUGCUGGUAUCCUCACCGUCAAGGGUGGAACUGGUGCCAUUGUCGAGUACACCGGCCCUGGUGUUGAAUCGCUCUCGUGCACGGGUAUGGCCACCAUCUGCAACAUGGGUGCCGAAAUUGGUGCAACGACGUCGCUCUUCCCCUUUAACAGCCGCAUGGCUGACUAUCUCAACGCCACGAAGCGUCCCGAGAUUGCCAAGUAUGCGCAAAGCUUUGCGCACAACUUGACGCCAGACGCGGGUGCCGAGUAUGACCAAGUCAUUGAGAUUAACCUCUCCGAGCUCGAGCCACACAUCAACGGUCCAUUCACUCCUGAUCUCGCCACUCCUCUCUCCCAAUUCAAGGAUGCCGUCAAGGCCAAUAAGUGGCCAGAGGAGCUCAAGGUUGCACUCAUCGGCUCUUGCACCAACUCUUCGUACGAAGACAUGUCGCGCUCGGCUUCGAUUGCCAAAGAGGCCAUUGACCAUGGUCUCAGCGUCAAGUCCAAGUUCACCAUCACCCCCGGUUCGGAACAAGUUCGUGCUACGAUUGAGCGUGACGGACAAAUUGCCGCCUUUGAAAAGGUUGGCGGUGUCGUCCUCGCCAACGCGUGCGGGCCGUGCAUUGGCCAAUGGGAUCGUCGUGACGUGAAAAAGGGUGAAGUCAACUCGAUCAUCACCUCGUACAACCGCAACUUUACCGGUCGCAAUGACGCCAACCCUGCCACGCACGCCUUUGUUGCUUCGCCGGAUAUCGUCACUGCCAUGGCCUUUGCUGGUGAUCUCACGUUCAACCCUGUCACGGACACGCUCAAGGGUGCAGAUGGCAAAGAGUUCAAGUUUAGCGAUCCGACCGGUCACGAGCUCCCACCGCGUGGAUAUGACCCUGGAGAAAACACUUUCCAGCCACCACCAGAGGACCGCGCGAGCGUCAACGUUGCCGUCGACCCCAAGUCUGACCGUCUCCAACUCUUGAAGCCAUUCAAGCCAUGGAACGGCGAGGACCCGAAGAACAUGCCGGUGCUCAUCAAAGUAAAGGGCAAGUGCACGACGGAUCACAUUUCGGCUGGUGGGCCUUGGCUCAAGUACCGUGGACAUUUGCAAAACAUUUCACAAAACUGCUUGAUUGGUGCGAUCAACGAGGUCAAUGGCGAGGCAAACAAGGUUCAAAAUCUCGAGACGGGCGAGUGGGGAGCUGUCCCUGCUACGGCUGCGUAUUACCGUGAUCGUGGAAUCCCGUGGGUCGUGAUUGGUGAUUCCAACUAUGGUGAGGGAUCGUCGCGUGAGCACGCUGCGCUCGAGCCUAGGUACCUCGGUGGAAUGGCCAUUAUCGUCCGCAGCUUUGCUCGUAUCCACGAGACCAAUCUCAAGAAGCAAGGCAUGCUCGCCCUCACGUUUGUUGACCCAGCCGACUAUGAAAAGAUCAGGGGAGAUGAUCGUGUUGAUAUCGAGGGUCUCAAGACGUUUGCAGAGGGUAAAAACUUGACGCUCGUCGUGCACCACAAGGAUGGACAAGUUGACCGAAUCCCAUUGGCCCAUUCAUUCAACCAGGGACAAAUCGAGUGGUUCAAGGCCGGUUCGGCGCUCAACCUCAUGGCAGCAAAGGCCAACUAA